AAUAAUCAGGACCAAGAUGUGCACACGCUUGGAUCCCACUCGUCCAUUUCCAGUAUAUCACUGGAGUUGUCAAGAUUCUUAGACCCGCACGCUUCGAUAGUCACGAUCGCAACAAACGCCCGGAACCACAUUUAUGUGUCGGGAAGACACGAAUCGUCUGAGUCGUCCUCCACGUAAUGGCUGGGACUGUGCCCUGCCCACUUCUUGCGCUUCCAGCCGAGCUCCGAAUACGCAUCUAUGAGGCAUCACUUGCGCCGACUGGAUGUCUGCAUCUCACAUCCUCAGCAACCUGUCGGAAAGCCGUCGUUCCGAGGGUAUCACCUCCCCUCUUAGCGGCAUGUCGUCAAGUUUACGACGAGGCGAAACACCUCCUCUACACGAAAAACUCGACAUGCGUGGUCGUUGACGCCGGAGCCCUCGACGCGCCGCUCAUCGCGGAAUCGCGUUUGCCUCAGAGCGUGCUCCAGAGAUUACGGCGGGUCUGCCUAGUCCUGGACUGCACCGCCACCUAUCGCGCGCCGUUCACAGAGCUGGAUCUAGAUGUCCUCCGGGCGUUUACUUCUAUUGAGGAAUUGCGGAUCGCGGUGGUCUUGCGCACCGAUCCGGAUGCGGCGAGCGCGGCCAUGCGGGACAUGCUGGGCAUACUGCUGGCCCUUAUCCUCGAGCGGAUCCCAGCGAGGGUAAGGAUCGAGUAUGGCGUUGCGGCGGGCUCUGAUGAGGAGGAGGUCGCGAAUGAGCUCAAGGUUCGACGGCAGAAGACGUUUAGACGCGAGCAGCGUGUGACGGUGGUCGUCGUUGAUGGUUCCGAGCUCAAGGGAAGAGCUGAUGAGUCGGCCCCGGAACAGGGCAGCAACUUACGUGAAAUGGACGACGUGUUCGCAGAGUAUCGCGUACGAUGAUGAGAGUCAUCAGGGAUGUGUACGGAUGUGUUCCUGUCGCGGGGCUGGUCGUCUGAUGCAUCGUCUGAAGCCAUUCGUGAUUAGGCGGCUAAGAUGGUAUGUGCACCACCAGACUGUGAGCCGUGGAUUACAAAAGAGUCAUGGUUGAAAGGUGAUACUUUUGCAGCAGCGUGCCAUGCAUCAACAUCGCCGAGACCAAAA